GUGAAGUCACAGACAGAUGCUGCAGAGAGAAGCUGCAACAGGAGCAUUAAAAUAAUUUGUUUUCAAAGCCAUAAUAUUAAUUCUUAACCUCCAGUGGUGUGAAAACUGUAUUUAUAGUUACUGUUACUGCAGUAUUUGAAGUAUUUGUACUUACCAUUGUAAUACUGCUUACAGAUUACUAGUUUUUACAUCUAUCAUCAUAAGAGUACCACUGCACAGUAGUAAUAUUUCUAAACAUAGUACUAAAAGUAUUUGUAUUUGUAGAUAGAUAGAUAUUCUUUGUGCAUGUAUAGUCACCCUAAUUGUCAAAGCUGCUUCAGUGCAUUGACUGUGGGUGUAAAGUAAAAAAUAGACUCGAGUGUAAAGUAAAGUCCAGUAAAAUGCAGGACUACGAGGAGACGGUGUCGUUCUUGGGGACCUGGGGCCCGUUCCAGAGGAGAGUCUUCUUCCUGCUCUGUCUUACCUCCAUUCCAUGUGGAUACAACAUCUUGUCCGUCAUCUUCCUGCUGGCCAGCCCCCCCCACCACUGCCACAUCCCUGCUCACAGCAACCUGAGCCAGGACUGGAUCCAGGCCAGCAUCCCAGUACAGCAGGUGGCUGGGCAGCCGGAGAGGAGCAGCUGUAGCCGGUAUGAGCUGGACAUGCUGCAGAACCUGUCUACUUCUGUGCCGGGAUUAAGUCCAGAGGUCCUUAUCUCCAGCCUGAAGCAGGAGGGCUGUAAAGAUGGAUGGACCUACAGUACUGAGUACUACCAAUCCACUGUAGUCACUGAGUUUAACCUGGUGUGCAGUGACCAGUGGAAACAGCCUCUUACUUCUCUCAUCUACUUCCUGGGAGGAUUGUGUGGAUGCUUCAUCUCUGGACAGCUCUCUGACAGAUUUGGCAGGAAGCCUAUUCUGUUCAGUGCCAUCAUCCUACUUAGUGUCUUCAGCACCGCUGUGGCUUUUGCUCCAUCCUGGCCUGUCUUCACCGUGCUCUUCUUCAUGCUGGGCCUGGGUCAGAUCUCCUGCUACAUAGUUGUGUUUGUACUGGGUAAGGAGCUCCUGAUUGGUUCGACCAGAGUUCUCUUCUCCAGCCUGUGUUUGCCUUUUGUCUAUGUGAUUGCUAUGAUGCUGCUGCCGGGCACUGCCUACCUAGUCACAAAUUGGAGACACCUGUCACUGAUCAUGGCUGUGCCUGGUGUGGCCUGUAUCCCCUUCUGGUGGCUGAUUCCAGAGUCUCCUCGCUGGUUGGUGUCUCGUGGCCGUUUGCAGGAAGCAGAACUCCUGCUGAGGUCAGCAGCUCUGGAGAACCGAGUGGAACCUCCACAUGUCAUCUUCCUGUCAUCCAACGUUGAAAAGGCAACAAGCCAGAAGGUUGAGUCCCUGAGCUUCCUGGACUUGCUGAGGACCACAAACAUUCGACUUAUCACGCUCAUGCUGUGGCUCAUCUGGUUUUCCUCGAGCAUAAGCUACUUUGGAUUGUCAUUCAACAUGUCUAGCCUCUAUGGAAACCCCUUCCUAAACUACUUCCUGGUGUCGGCUGUUGAGGUCCCAGCAUACGCCGUCAGCUGGCUGGCGGCGCGAAGUCUUCCUCGUCGCCUGUCAUUUAUUAGCUUUACCCUGCUGGGGGCACUUGCGCUUCUCCUCAUUCAAGUCACUCUGCACAGUCAACCAGCUCUCACCCUGGCCCUGGUGCUGCUGGGUAAAUUUGGCAUUCUGGCUGGCACCGGAGUGUUGUAUAUGUACACUGGAGAGCUGUCUCCCACAGUCAUCAGGAACACGGCAAUGUCUUCCUGUGCCAUGUUCUCCAGAGUGGGGUCCUCUAUAUCUCCAUACCUGCUGCAGCUGGCUGCGUUCGAUCAGUUACUGCCAUGGAUCCUUGUGGGUUCUCUGUCACUGCUCAGUGUCCUCCUCUGUGUCUUCCUGCCGGAGACCUUCAGGCAGCCACUUCCCGACACCAUCCAACAGAUGGCGCUCACACAGAAGUUCAGGUGGCCAUGGGCCUCCAUGACUCCUCCAAAGGAUGAUGGGAAGUUAGCUAAAGACAUGAACACUGCACCUGAGAUCAUCUGCACAACUCGCCUAUAAGACUCCUGACACACCAACAAAUUAAAACAAACAAACAAACAAACAAAACUACACUAAAACUGCUGCAAACACCAAAACUGUAUAUAUUUUAUACUGAGAUUUUAUUCUGUGAUGGCAGGCUGGCUGUGUAGUUUUCUGUGUCCACCAGGUGGUGACUUGUGAACAUUAGGGAGAUGACCUACAGUGCCUUUAGUGAUGCAUUCACUGACACCUAAUGAAAUGUAACAAUAGUUUGUUAUAUGUCCAUUCAGUGAGGGAGGGCUAUGCAAAGCUUCACUGAAAAUAAAGAGUCAGAAUGACUGAAUGGAUUUCUCCCAUUUAAGUCAAUGGAAAGAGUGAAGUCAGAAGAACAUUUAAAAAGGGUUUAAUCACGGAUUUAAAACCGCAAGUGAGUUCACUUGACUUUUAAUUCAAUUAUAAUAACACUUUUUUAAUUUAGUGCCGAGUCAUAACAUACAUUAUUUCAAGGCACUUUACAGAGUAAGUUAAGUAUUAUAGAGAGAAAUCUAUUCCAGCAGCACUUGGCGACAGUAGAGAGGAAAAACUUUCUUUUAACAGGAAGAAACCUCUGACAGAACUGGACUCAGGGUGGGUGGCCAUCUGCCUCAACUGGUUGGACAGUAGACCAGUAAACAUGACCAAUCUCUCUCAGCAUGAAUAUGAAGGUGCAAAUAAAUAUAAAUCAUAACCACAAAUUUAAGGUGAGCAUUAAAGUUAAUGCAAAUCCUGUAAAUUCUACACCUGCAGCAGCAGGUGUAACAGUGGUAUCAGCAGUAGUAAUGCUACAUUACAAGAUUCCGAAUUGGUAGUAUAAACUUGAAUUUUUUGUUGUGUUUAUACAGAAUGUAUUGUUUGUUCAGACAAGACAAGUAUAAGGUUAUGUAUAUAUUAAAUAUUAUGUAAUAAAUCAAGAUUAUGU